GUCAGCAUUCAGGAGAGAGUGCGGGACUGAGGCACAAGCUACACAGCCAGUUCCAUCAGCUCUUGUUUCCAGCUCGAGAACCUAGGUAGGACUCGUUCAUGGGGAUGGGCGGAGGAGGUGCCACGGUCUCCCCGCGGCGCGUGGUGGUGGCGGUGGACGAGAGCGAGGAGAGCAUGCACGCGCUCUCCUGGUGCCUCUCCAACGUCGUCUCCACCACCGCUGAGGCCGUCGUAGCGCCCCCGCCCGCCGUGGUGCUCGUCCACGCCUGCCCGACGCGUCCGCUCUACUACCCCGUCAUCGACGGCGUCGGGUACGUGCUGACGUCGGAGGUGAUGGACAGCAUGGACCAGUACAUGGCAUCUGUGGCUGACACCGUCGUCACCAAAGCCAGGAGCAUCUGCACCGCGUUCCCCAACGUGAAGGUGGAGACGUGCGUGGAAAAGGGCGACCCGCGCGACGUGAUCUGCAGUGCCGCGGAGAAGGUCGGCGCAGACAUGCUGGUGAUGGGCACCCGCGGCUACGGCUUCCUGCAGAGGGCGCUGCUGGGGAGCGUCAGCAACCAUUGUGUGCAAAAGUGCAAGUGCCCCGUCGUCGUCGUCAAGAGGCCCGACGCCAACCGCGAACCUGCUUGAGGAUGAGGCCGUACGCGUGGCACCAUGGAUUUGCCUCGACGAGUAUAUAUAUAGUUAUAAAGAAAAUGGUUUUGAUCCUUGCUUGUAUCUUGCUCGGCCAUCAGAUCAUCCAUGUAUAUAUAUAUUUCUGUGAUGUUUUCA